CGUGCUCGACGCGUUUUCACCGUACACCCGGAAGUGUGUCGCUUUCUGGCAUCGUCGCCGCUCCCUCAUCGCGCCAUUGAAAAGUCAGGGAAGCUCACUCUAUCCUAUUGACUCCAGUACCCGCAGGUCCACGCUGUCAAUCAUGGCCGAGCAGGAGCCCACCCCAGAGCAGCUAGCUGCCAUCGCUGCAGAGAAUGAAGAGAGCGAGGCGGUCAACUACAAACCGCCUGCACAGAAGAGCCUUCAGGAGAUCCAGGAGCUUGACAAAGAUGAUGAAAGCCUGCGCAAGUACAAGGAGGCGCUGCUGGGCUCUGUCGAUGUGGCCAUAGAUCCCAACGCUCCCAAUGUUCAAGUGACACGGCUAACUCUUGUGUGUGAGACCGCCCCCGCCCCGCUGACCCUUGACCUGCAAGGAGAUCUGGAGUCUUAUAAGAAGCAAUCGUUUGUGCUAAAGGAGGGAGUGGAGUACAGGAUAAAGAUCAACUUCAAGGUAAACAAGGACAUUGUCUCGGGACUGAAGUAUGUACAGCAGACUUUUAGGAAAGGGGUGAAGAUUGACAAGUCGGACUACAUGGUGGGCAGCUACGGGCCUCGGCCGAACGAAUACGAGUUCCUGACACCUUUAGAGGAGGCACCCAAAGGAAUGCUGGCCCGCGGCACCUACAACAUUAAAUCCAAGUUCACUGAUGACGACAAGCACGACCACCUGUCCUGGGAAUGGAACCUCAAUAUCAAGAAGGACUGGAAAGAUUGAGCUGAUUCCAAACCCGUCAUUUCCUUCCUGUCAUCUUCCCUGUUUCUCCCUCCCUUUCUUCCUCUCCCACUUCCUGCCACCAUCAUCAUCAUAAUCUUGGAUUAACUGAUUUAAAGCAAAAGGAUCUCUCACUCCGUCCACUUUCCUGCAGUUUUCCAUCUUCCAUUCCUCCCUCUAUAUUCCCAUCCCUUUCCCUUUCCAAUGAGUAUUGAGGCUUUUCAUGAAAUAUAUUUGUGAAAACAAACAAAAACGUGCACAAUCCAUAUUUUGUGUUUUGGUUUGUUUGUAAAUAAAAGUAAAAAUCUGAGGGAAAAAAUAUUCAUAAAAACCUCAUGGAUACUUUUGACAUGGUUGUUAUUAGUAAUCUUUACUCCCCGUCUUCCUCUUGUGUCUGAAACCCUUCCCAUUUAUCCAGUGUCAUUCCUUUUUCAAACAUUUCUUUAUUUUGUUUUAACCAUGAUCUGCCUUGAUGAGUGUAAUGUGAGAAGGUGCCGCUUGCUCUUACUUUGCCACUGGCAUUCCCUCAACAACUCAAGUUUGCCUUUGCCCAGAGGGGGAAAAAAAACCUGUCCAAGGCCUUUGAGAUAAGUUAGGGUUAGGGUUAAAAAUGUAGAAAUGUAAGCGAUGUGGCGGAGCAGGUCUUUACUUAGCUCUUGGUAUGUAUGCGUGACCAUGUAUUGCUUUAGAUAUGUAGGGUUCACAGGAUGUCGUAAUCUUUCUUGAAACUGACGUCUCGUCAACUAGGAUGGUGCAAGUUUUUCAUUUGAACCAUUUCAUCGCCAUGUGGCCUUAAAAUAUUCCUGUAGCAAAAUAUUUAGGAGCUGCCUUUUAAGUGUCUAGUUUUCCAAUCAAACCCAAUCAGAUCUUUGUGUUAUGGAGGCCAAGUUGCUUCACUGACUAUUGUGUCCUUAAGGGACUAGCGGUCUCAUCUUUUACGUCAUUCAAUUGGCUUGAUUCAGGAUGGACCAAACUUGAAGGCCAGUAGUAGUUUGUCAAACUUGAUGCGGAGCAAAUAGUGGACCCACCCAAAUUAUUGUACCUCCAACAGAUUCAUUCUUGCUCACAAACCUCCUGCUUUCCAAAAACGACUAGUGCUCAAUUUGAUGAAUGUGCCCUUUGCUUGUGGAUGUUUUUGAGUGAAAAAGGGCUGAUUUCACUCACAGACCUCAAGUAUUUAACUACUCAACUGAAAUAUUACAAACACCACAGAUUGUGCCUCCAGUAUUGUCAAAAAUGAGCUGCUCAAGGUGUGGAAAACCUACGGGAAUUGAAGUCAGAACUCUAAAGGAGGUGCAUUUCUAGUUGCUACAGAUUUGGAGGUCUAAGAGUGCACCGAAAAUGUAAUACUCUCAGUGUCAGUCCAGAUGUAGUUUAACCUAAACGUUCCAACGAGAGGAUGUGCUCCGAUCACUGUACUGUUUUAUGCACGCUUAUUUCUUCGGCAACAUUGCCUGCGAGGUAGGAACUUGAUGUGCUGGUCCAGAUUGCUGCAUCUGUCUUCAUUUGUUUGGUUUCUCUGUAUACUUAUCUCUAUGAAAGCUGGAGAUUACUGUUCACCUGUGUCAACAUUAAAGUGUUCAGAACAGACA